GACUGCCUCAAUCACGGCAGAUGCUGAGCGGCUAAAGCUCGCGAGAGCUCUGUCCUCGCUCUGCGAUUUGGCGCCAAAGCACGGUCACUAUGGCGACGGGGAAGGAGGCGAAGAGCCGGAAUCUUCCCUGGGUGGAAAAGUAUCGGCCUCAAACCCUAGAUGAUCUUAUUUCUCAUCAGGACAUACUGAAUACAAUUCAGCGGUUCAUCAGUGAAGAUCGUUUCCCACACCUGCUAUUUUAUGGGCCGCCAGGAACUGGGAAAACAUCUACUAUUUUGGCCUGUGCCAAACGGCUCUAUAAGGGCAAAGAGCUAAACUCAAUGGUUUUAGAGCUGAAUGCCUCUGAUGACCGAGGUAUUGAUAUAGUACGUGGACCUAUAUUGAACUUCGCCAGCACAAGAACCAUUUUCAAAAAGGGUUUUAAGCUCGUUAUCCUAGAUGAGGCAGAUGCAAUGACGCAAGAUGCUCAGAAUGCUCUCAGAAGGGUUAUUGAGAAAUUUACAGAGAACACCAGAUUUUGCCUGAUCUGUAACUACCUGUCAAAGAUCAUCCCUGCUUUACAGUCUCGAUGUACCAGGUUCCGAUUUGGACCGCUGUCACCAGAACAGAUGAUUCCAAGAUUGGAGUUUGUCAUCAAAGAAGAAAAUGUUGACAUAACUCAAGAUGGACUGAAAGCCAUUGUGACACUCUCUAAUGGUGACAUGCGCCGAUCUUUGAAUAUUUUGCAGAGCACAAAUAUGGCAUAUGAUAAAGUGAGCGAGGAAACAGUGUACACCUGUACUGGUCAUCCAUUAAAAUCCGACAUCGCAAACAUCCUUGACUGGAUGUUAAACAAAGACUUCACCACUGCAUACAGGAAUAUCAUGGAAUUAAAGACAUUAAAAGGUUUAGCCCUGCAUGAUAUUCUGACUGAGAUCCAUACUUUUGUGCACAGAGUUGAUUUGCCACCUUCGGUUCGUACUCAUUUAUUGAUCAAGAUGGCUGAUAUUGAGUACAGAUUGGCUUCAGGAACUAAUGAGAAAAUUCAACUGAGUUCACUCAUUGCUGCAUUUCAAGUUGCCCGUGAUAUGGUUGUUGCUGAAGCUGAAUGAGUUUGUAUACUAAGGUUGAUGACUUGAUACCAUUAAAAUAUUUCACAUGUGGUUUU